UCUGCGCUAAGGACAGGAGCGGCGGAGGCGGCGAAUCCUUGCGGAGAGACUAGCCAGCUCCGCGCUGCUGAGGUGGCCAGAAGGAAGGCUGGGCAGUCGCCCGCCUCCCUGCCCUUUCUUUCUCCUUCUUCGCUGAGCAUCUCGGGGGUCAGACGGACCAGGCCCAUCAGGGGCGUCUCGAAUCGCUCCCACCGUUGUGCGAAGCAAGCCCGAAAGACUCCGCUUAUUUGCUCCCUCAUCCCUUUCCACUCUCAGUAAGAUUGCCCCAAGCUGCGCCUCCCCCUUCAUCCCCAGAUCUCGCCCCUUCGCCAGUGUCGGGUAUAGCCAUGACUGUGUGAUCACGCAUCUCCCCAUUGCCUCCCUCCAGCACGCGAAGUGGGGCACCCCUGAUCUCCCGUUUUGGCCUAGGCUGAGAAGGGCACAUUGGAUCAACCCUCGUCCUGGGGCCCUGCUGCGCCCUUGGGUGCCCCCGCAGUGGCCGGUGGGAUGAAGCCUUUGGAGAAAUUUCUGAAGAAGCAGGGCUCUCAUUUGGCUGCCCGGGCUGUUCCUGGUUCCGGGGGGCAGUUGCCUCGCAGGCAAAGCGUCUCCAAAAUCCUCCUGCCUGGAUUUCUUAAGGAGCCACCUGAAGAUCUGACGGAAGGAGGCACAGAAACCACGGGCGAUGGCCGCUGGCUGGAGCUGCGGCCCCCCGAUUCUGCGCUGCGCUCCCCAACAUCCUUCUCAUCGGAGGAGCUCUCCCCAGGAGGUGGCGGAGGAGGUGAAACCCAGCUCAGUCCUGAGUCGGUGCCUACUUGCUGCUGGGUCCCGUUGGCAGAACCCGAAAACCCUGAUCGCUUAGUGGGGAGGGUGCUGGAGAGGCUGGGAGGGGACCUGACAGCCCCCCAUGGACAUGGCUGUGGAGCCGACAUCCUCCUAGAUGACAUUGUCCUUACCCACUCAUUGUUCUUGCCCACGGAGCAGUUCCUGCAUCAGCUGUACCAACACUUCAUGACGGCAUCAGCAAUCCCAUCACCACCAUGCUGGAAAGAAGAUGAGGCUGUGCACCGGAAGCGAGCGGUUUUGAUAAUUUUAUUGCACUUCCUUGAGACAUUCAAGGGGAUCCUGCAAGAAGAAGAGAAGGCCGGCAAAGUCAUCAAGGAUCUGUAUCUGCUGAUCAUGAAAGAUGCAUCUCUCUACCACAAACUGGAAGAUGAAAUCCUGAAAUUACAUCAGCUUGUGGAGACAGUGGAGCUCAAAGUGACCGAAGAAACCCACCCGUCCAGCAAGCAAGUCAAACCUUUGUUCAGACAUUUCCGGCGCAUUGAUUCAUGUCUUCAAACUCGGGUUGCUUUCCGUGGAUCAGAUGAAAUCUUCUGCCGUGUCUACAUGCCAGACCACUCCUAUGUCACCAUCCGCAGCCGCCUCUCAGCUUCUGUGCAGGACAUCCUCACCUCAGUGACAGAGAAACUUCAAUAUUCUGAUGAACAGCCUACACGGGAGGAAGCUCUCAUUCUGGUGGCCGUUGCAUCAUCAGGAGAGAAAUCUGUGCUACAGCCUAAUGAAGAGUGUGUUUUCACUACCUUGGGGAUAAACAGCCAUCUUUUUGCCUGCACAAAGGAUACUUUUCCAUCCCUGGUCCCUCUCCCAGAGGAAAUCCAAGUGUCGCCAGGUGACACAGAGAUCCACCGGAUGGAAGCAGAGGACGUAGCAAAUCACUUGACAGCCUUUCACUGGGAAUUGUUCCGGUGUGUCCAUGAGCUAGAAUUUGUGGACUACGUGUUCCAUGGCGAGCGUGGCCGACGGGAGACAGCCAAUCUGGAAUUGCUGCUGCAGCGCUGCAGCGAGGUUCAGCACUGGGUGGCCACUGAAGUGUUACUCUGUGAAUCUGUAGGGAAGCGGACUCACUUGCUCAAGAAAUUCAUCAAGGUUGCUGCUGUAUGUAAACAGCAUCAGGAUAUGUUAACCUUCUAUGCUGUGGUUAUAGGACUGAACAAUGCACCUGUCAGUCGUCUGCGCCUCACCUGGGAGAAGCUUCCAGGGAAAUUUAAGAACUUGUUUCGUAAAUUUGAGAACCUCACGGACCCCUGUAGGAAUCAUAAAAGCUACAGAGAAGUCCUGACUAGGAUGAAGCCACCCAUUAUCCCCUUUGUGCCCCUCAUCCUAAAAGACUUGACAUUUUUGCAUGAAGCUAGCAAAACCUUGGUGGAUGGAUUGGUCAAUGUAGAGAAAUUGCAUUCAGUAGCAGAAAAAGUACGGACUAUCAGGAAAUGCCGAAGUCGACCUCUCUGUUUGGAGAUGGAGUCAUCUCCUCAGCAGCUACAGACAAAGGCUUAUGUCCGUCAAUUCCAAGUUAUUGACAAUCAGAAUUUGCUCUUUGAACUCUCUCACAAGCUGGAAUCAAACAGCCAGUGAAGUCCCUGCCCAUAGGCAGGCGUUGCUAAAAAAAGAAUGUUUACUCUGUGUGAUACUUGAGCACUUUUUGGAUGUACAGGGGACCCACCUAGGCUUUGCCUUAGUUGGAGAGGCAAGUAUGGAGUCACCAGGUGACAAGGAUGAAGAGUCUUUGUCAUGGCUGGCCCACAACACUUUGGUAGAAAAUUGAAAUGGCAGCUUGUAAUCCUACCCAUUAGAAUGAGACCCAAUCUGCUGGGAAGCUUUCCUGCUAGAGUCAUCCCAGAAGUUUUGAUGUCAGGGGUGAAAAACCCAAAUAGCACCCUUUUUUAGCUGCUUCACAAUACAGUGGAGCAAUAUAAUUUUGUCUUAGCCUCUUGUUCAAACCUCAUGUCAGUGAAUAGUAAUUAAUAUGCAGGAAAAUUUCCCAAAAGAUUGCAGUCCAUUGGUCAAUCUAUCAGUUUUCUACUAUGCUGCCUUUAUUGUCAGUCAAAAUACUGUAUUAUCAACUGAGGUGGCCAUCUUAUUUUGCCUCAUGGGAAAGCUCCAUAUGACCUCCUUUUUACAGGAUACUUAGAGAACAGACAAUAACAUGCCCAGAAGACAUGGAACAGCUUUGUGGAGAUCACACUCAACAGGAUUUCUUGACUGAAGUUUGCACUGGAGAUUGGAGACCUAUUCAUCAAGUUUACAUCUCCUUCAUGAGUAAAUGUAACAAAUCCUUGAAAAAUAUAAAUAUUUGAAUUAGAUUAAUAAUCUUGCAAUCUCAUGAAUUGGAAAAAGUGCAGUUGCCAGAGGCAGCAUGUGCAUAAAUGUCAAGAAGCAUUUAUUUUUUUAUCUUUUAAUAUCUUAUUAAAAUAUUUCUAUAGUGUUAAUGUACAUUUAUAUUUCCUUCUUUAAAACGUCUGUUGUGGAAGCAUUUAAGGAUUAUCAGGAGAUUCUCAGUCCUCCAGGGUUGAUUUCCCCAGACUGUUAAUCAUAAUCAUACAUGUCAAAAUCUAAUUGUAACUGAGAUGGGAAAAUCUUCUUGUUAACAUCCAGCCACAAUAGACAUAUUUCUAUUCUCUGGGAUUUAAAACAAUAGGAAUUUUAAAAUUUAAAACACAUACCAAAAUUAUAUCUGUUGUACUUCUUUAGUGGAAUAUGUCUACUCAACAGAUUUUAAUUAACCUGAACCAUUCUAGCUCUGCUGAGAAUCACUAUUCUGUGAUGAAGCUCAACUUGAUUCUCAGUACACCAACUAAACUCAUCCCAACAUUUUUCAAAAAGCCAUGAAAGCUACAAUCCAUGAUUCUGGAUGCUAUCUAAGCAUUGUAUACAUCUAAAGGAAUUAAAUACAUCUGUAGUUGAACAUUUAGAAGAAGAACAAAGCAAUUUAUCUCUUCCUCUUCGAGUGGUUCUGACCGUGGGAUAUUGACUUCAUCAAGGCUACCACAUCUGGUUUGCAAAAACUUGGGUGAGCACUAAAUAGUAGCAAGAUAUGACUCUUUUUUGCCACCUAGUGGCGAUUUGAAGUUCUGCAGGUCAGAUAUGGUAGCUGUAGCUUCAGCAACUGUGAAGAGCCAGGAUGGGAUAUUACUAUUUCAUCUCAGAAUAGGAUGUUGAGGUUUUCCUUUUCUUUCAUGAGACAAUUUGUAGGAGCACUAGAAAUGUUUAAUUACUCCUUGCUAUGCACACAAUUUUAAUGGUUAGGCAGAUAAAACAAUGUUUGCCUGCACUCCUGUGAAACAUGUAUAGUGCAGAGAUGGAGAAUGCCUGGUCUACUGGACCUUCCCAUGACCUGUGGCCUCCUCUGCCUCACCCCACCCCAAGCAAUUAGGCUUGUCUAAAAGGUUUUAUUGAUUUCACUGUAAGCCUUUUUAAAGCCUAAUUGUUGUGCAAAGGAGUUGAUUCCUGAAGGGAAGGGAAUGCAGUUGGGAAGGGAAAGAUUUGAUAUGAUGAUCUAAAUCUAACUAUGGAUUAAACUGCAAUAAAUUGUCAAGAUUAAUGUAGGAUUAGGCAAUAUUUCUGCCUGUAUUUAUUGAAACAACAUAUUGCAAGGGGAGUGGUUUUCUACUGCCCCUUGUCUGCCUUUCCCAUACUGUAUGAACAAAAAGUGGACUUAAAGUGUACUAAAAUAUUGUUAGUGUCUGCUAUCAAAUUAUCAUGAAAAUAUAUCCUUGUUCAGGGACACUUGUGUGUGUGGAGGUCAAAACAGUCAAGUUGGUGGUUAUGACAUGAUCAAAGGCCCAACCCUUUUUUAUGUGACAUGACACAUAUAAAAGGAUGGGGGUUCAAUUGCAUGGUCACAGUCAAAAGCACUCAAUUCAAUUAUACUGACAAUUAGCAGAACAGAACUAGGAAGAUAGUAUUUAUUCUGGACUAAUUAAUCUGCAAUAAAAAUAAGAAUGCGGAGACCUGUUUAUUCUAAGAGAUGCCAAAUUCCUGCAAACAGCUUUAGGCUCGCUUUCUAUUGAGAAGUCUAACAAGUUGUUUUACGGGAUUGACAAAAUAUAAGAACUCUUGAUAUUGAUCAAAUCUAUAAUUCUUGCAUGAUAAAUCUGUGCCUCUGGUUUGGUUUCUAGAAUCUGGGUAUCCAGUACUGGAAUCUAUUCCAUUCUGAAAGUGUGAAUUAACAACAGGAAUACUUUUCUGCAUGCCCAGAGUGCAAUUCCCACACUAUUGAGUAAGCUACAUCCCAUUUCUGCACAGGAGACAGUUUUAUGCUUAGAAGGGAAUACUUGAACCUCAGUACAUUUCUUUUUAAAACUGUGUACUGUAUUUCUCCCUGUCACAUUUCUAACACAUUUAAUGCUUGCUCAUUAUUUUGAUAGCUAUCAAGGAACUAGACGCUGGAAAUAAUCCUCUGUUACUUUUAAAAUUGUUUUUCUGCUUUGCUGACUUCCUCUUUGAUAAAGGUCGGUGUGUGUGUGUGGUGUGUAAGGGAUAAGGGUUGCCUCUAGUGGCUUUUUGUUCAGGGAUUUUUCAUUUCAGGAUCUCUCGGUCUUGUUUCUUUUUCUCUCUCCUGGUGAGAGCUUCAGGUCCGUGUGUGUGUGUGUGUGUGUGUGUAUAAUGUAUA